AUGGAGGAGGUAGUGGGGCCGUCUCAGGAAUCCGGAGAAGUCCUGUCGCCGCCCAGCAAUCUCCUUCUCGAAGAUUUAGGCAGCCUUGUUAGCCUCCUGGGACACAAGGAGGACGAUAUCGACGCCUUCGACAAAGGGCCGUCGACACCAGAUGACGUAUUGACGAGUAUGCAAAGUAUAGUGGAGCGAUACACGGCGGCCAUGAAGCAGCACAGCAUGACCCGUGUGAUAGGAUGCACGGAGCUAGAGGUGGAGGUUCGCAACCUGCUCUCAGCGAAAUCGCAAGCAAAUAAGGAAGACUUGAUUCUUUCCCUUGUGCAGUUAAUGGAGGAGAUCCGCAUUCUCUUAGAGUAUCAGCCCCAUAACUCUCACGCACAUCCGCCGGGUCCUCAGAUUUCACUCGCAGUACCACUACAGCAACAACAGGAACAACAGGAAGAAGCACAAGAUGAAAGUGUGUGUGAUAUUCCAGUGACACCCAGCAUGCGUAGUGUGGUGCGGCCGCCUGUUUUUGAAACCGACAAGUUGUCUCAAGGCGUUGAUGCAAAUGGCCGAAAGCUCAUCAACCGUUACACCAUUUUGGGAGACCUAGGGUUUGGUGGACAUGGUAAAGUGAAACUAGGGGAGAACUGUGAGACUGGCGCCAAAGUAGCAAUAAAGGUUAUCAAGAAGAAGCAAUUUCGCUCAAAUGGUCGCACUCAUGAAUCGAACUUGUGGCGCGAGAUACGCAUUUUGAAAAAUGUUCGUCAUCGUAAUUGUGUGGCUCUCCUGGAGGUCAUUGAUGAUCCCAAGUCGGGUUUCCUCUAUCUCGUCAUGGAGUACAUACCGAAUGGCCCCGUCGUGAAAAUUGAGGAACACCCUGUCGGAAGCUUGGAGCGAUUCACGAACGCAUACUUGCUGGAGCAUGUUCAACGGAAUAACAAAGUUGUGUGCUGUGAACCACUCCCGGAAAGUCGUUGUGCGGACUACUUCUGGAAGCUCGUGAGUGGACUACGGUACCUGCACAAACACAAGGUGGUGCACCACGACAUCAAGCCCGACAACAUUCUCUGUGGCUACGGCAACCAGGUGUACAUCUCUGACUUCAGUGUUAGCGAAAUGUUGGUCCGGAACGGCUCCAAAAAGAUCGGCGUCCCGACGCGCUACGGUGCCGGCACGCCGAUGUUCGCCGCGCCCGAACACUUUCAGCAAUUGGACGGCGAUAAGCCGAACCCAUUUCUCUCCGACGUGUGGGCGCUCGGCGUCACACUCUACUUCAUGCUCGUCGGCGUAGCACCGUUCAACGGUCAGACAUACUUCGAGAUGAUGAAGGAGGUGAUGCACGAGCCGUUCCCGUGGAAUGGGCGGAACGCCUACGGCAAGCAGCUCAAUCCGCGCUGGAAGAAAAUUCUUGACGGCAUGCUGGAGAAGGACCCGCACAGGCGUUGGAGCCUGGAAGCGCUCAAGAAAUUCCUUAAAGAAGACAAGAGGCGGGAGAGCGAGUCGCUGGCAGAGAGGGAGCAGCAGUGGAAACACAACGCCGGGGGAAAAGAGUUGCCCGCGUGCAGCACUCCGGCGACCGAGUCGUGUAGUGGGAUGAAGCAAGGGAAGCAGCACCAGCAACAGCAGCAAUUGUCGAAGAGUGUGCUGAGCAACGAGGUCGUAACCCUGCCGAGCCCCUCUAAAACCAACAACACUGGCUUGAUGCCCUUUUCCCAUCGUUUCCUCCACUUCGGCCUGCAUGGCGCUAACGGGAUGAAGAAGAGGGCAUAG